UAAAACUGUGUCGAGUUUUUCCAUUUCCUCAGCAUGUUGUGUUAUUGUUCAAGUACUCAAUAAAGCCGACAAUUUCGGUAAAUCAUAUAACAUACAUUCGCAUCAUUCCACCAGGUGCCGCCACCUCAAAACAAUUUUGUUAUAGAGACCUUCUAAAGAUUGUCUUCAACACCUAAAUAUCUGAAUUGUAUAACAUUUAGGAUAUUUAACAUUAGGUGUUCAAGACAAUCUUGGGAAGGAGUCUAUACUAACGUUUAUUAAGGUGGCGGUAUCAUGGCACCUGGUAGAAUUAUGAUAGUCGAUGUUAAUGUUUUGUCAUCACAGUGUAUCCUUUAAAGAAAGCGCUUGCCAUACGAUACGCGAUUGACGAAGCUGUCUUCCGAAGGAAAAGCUGUUCUAUAUAUAUCAGUAAUCUAUACUCUAUACAUACUCUUUCGAACAUAGUGCCACGUAAAAGAGCGAGCCGCUUUCGGGUCCGCUCAGUUGUGCUCGGGACGCCGUUUCGUUAAAGAAAGCAACUUUAACUAAAGUUAAUUUCAUCGCACAUUGUGUAAAUCACCCUAUCAAUCAUAUCUGGUAUAAAUGUCUUUCCUCCUUAUGCCCUUUGGCCCACCCCUUCCCGGUUUUGUUGUUGUGGUCGUCCAUUUUGGUGUCAUAUUUCGGUAACGUUACUAGUGUAUGACACAACCAGGGGAUUACGUUACCGACCUCUGCUGCAGCAUGCUAUGAAAAUAUGGCGGACCUUGACGACAAAAUACACUGUGUAGUAGACUUCAUCAACUUUAGGUAUGGCGUCAUCCCAACAACACCCCCGGCCCAAGACACCUCCCUCCGUGAAGCACCAGGGAAUAUUGUUCUCAGCAGCGCUAGAUUCAAGGGAAACCCUGGAAGCGAUGAAGACGUUUGAGAUACGUGACGAUGAUGUGGUGAUAGUGAGCUAUCCUAAAUGUGGUAUGAACUGGAUGUUCGAAGUUGUGCAUAAGAUUCUUGGAAGGAAAGAAAACUCAUCACCUAUAGCACCUGAGAUGUGGCCUCCAGACAAGGAACAACCCAACUACAUCAAGCUGCGUGAGACUCAAUCUCCUCGUCUAAUGUUUACUCAUCUCCAAUCCAAAAUGGCACCUCCAUGGUUGUCAGCUCCAGUCAACAAGGUGAAAGCCAUUGUCGUCCUGCGAAACCCCAAGGAUGUCUGCGUCUCAUACUACUUCUUUCACCAAAAGAAUCCUCUUUUUAAGACCCCAGAGUCCUGGGAACAGCACAAUAAGGACUUCUUGCUGGGGAAAAUGCCCUUUGGUGACUACUUUGAUCACGUGCUGGGCUGGUGGCAAAUGAGGGAUGACCCCCACUUCCUCUUUGUCAAGUACGAAGAUAUGAAAAAGGAUUUUCUCUCGACAGUGAAGACUAUAGCAGCCUUCCUGGAGAAAGACCUGACCGAUGAACAUCUGGCCCUUAUCCUGAACAGCUGCAGCUUGGAGUCAAUGAGGAAGACAUUGGCAGAGUCUGGUUUGACAUGGAGGAAGGACGUAGUCAGGAAAGGUAUGGUCGGAGAUUGGAAGAACCACUUCUCGGCCGAGGAGAGCGCCAGGUUUGACCAGAAGUACCGUGAACGGAUGGCGGGAACAGGGCUGGUGUUUGACUUUGAGUAGCAGCCCAAAUAGCCUGUAGCUUUACUUAGUAAUAGGAUAUCUACCUUCAAAAAAGCAAAACAUUGCUCACGUAUUCACCUGUAGUAUUCGAUGCAUCUUAUUGUGGUACAAAAUGGCGAGCUAUUAUUACUGUAUGUCAUUUGUUUGCUCAGUAUCACCAUUGUCUGAAAAAAAAGAACAUCAAUCAUAUUUGGACAAUUGCAGGGAUUCAUCUACCUUAAUCCGACUUUGAUAUCUUUAAUGCAAAUGCGGAUCUCAGUUGUAUAAUCAAUGAGAAACAUUUAUGAUAGGUCACUCAUCAUAAGAGAUCGCGUAAAACAAUCUUCAUACAUAUAGGCGAAAGGAAUAGACCUAGGGCUAGGUUUACCGGUGUACCGGUACAAAACCGGAUUUUCUCAUUAGAUCGGUCCAGAAAAACCGGACCUGAAAAAAUUCAGUAGAUGUUGUAAAAUAUAAUGUUGGACCGAUUGGAAAAUGAAUUAAUCAUAUGAUCAGGCAUUCACACGUUUCGGGGUUACCGGUCUAGGCAAAUAACAAGAGCGAAGCAGAGUAGAGUCUAUAGUCAUUUUACCAACUUUUACAGUCAAUCGUACACAGGUAGUUAGCCUUAUAGGAUUUUCAAAACGCCAGUGGGAGUCAAAUACUACACAAAACAGA